AUGAGAAAUCACACAGUAACAAGUUUCAUCCUGCUGGGACUGACAGACGACCCACAGCUGAAGGUUGUGACUUUCAUCUUUCUAUUUCUCACCUACAUGCUGAGUGUAACCGGGAACCUGACAAUCAUCUCCCUCACGUUCAUUGAUUCUCACCUUAAAACUGCCAUGUAUUUUUUCCUGCAAAAUCUCUCCUUCUUAGAAAUCUCAUUUACAUCUGCUUGUAUUCCCAAAUACUUGUACAACAUAUCAACAGGUGACAAGACAAUCACAUAUGACAAUUGUGUUAUUCAAAUUUUUUUUACUGACCUUUUUGCUAUUACAGAAUUUUUUCUCCUGGCCACCAUGUCCUAUGACCGGUAUGUAGCCAUCUGCAAACCCUUACAUUACAUGACCAUCAUGAAUAACAACAUCUGUAGAAAACUCAUUCUUGGUUGCUGGACAGCUGGCUUAUUGAUUCUAGUUCCCCCACUUAGUCUGGGCCUAAAUUUAGAAUUCUGUGACUCUAAUGUCAUUGAUCAUUUUGCCUGUGAUGUGUCUCCUCUCUUAAAGAUCUCAUGCUCAGAAACAUGGCUCAUAGAGCAGGUGGUGAUAGUCUGUGCUGUGUUGACCUUUAUUGUGACCCUCAUAUGUGUUGUUCUCUCGUAUGUGUACAUCAUCAAGACCAUUCUACGCUUCCCUUCUGCCCAGCAAAGGAAAAAGGCAUUUUCAACCUGCUCUUCCCACAUGAUUGUGAUUUCUAUCACCUAUGGAAGCUGUAUCUUCCUCUAUGUCAAACCCUCAGCAAAGAAUUCAGUGGCCAUCAAUAAGGGAGUAUCAGUCCUCACAACUUCUAUUGCUCCUAUGCUGAACCCCUUCAUUUAUACCCUGAGAAACAAGCAAGUGAAACAAGCCUUCAAUGAUACAAUCAAAAGAAUAGUAAUGUUCUUAAAGAAGUAA